AUGUCUUCUUCGGAAACCUCUCCUUCCCCCGAACCUACUCCAUGGUCCUCGGCGAUUGGCCAUGCUGGCACUGGAAAAUCGGGCAGAGUAAUUGAGAGACUGCAAGGAGACAUAGAUCGGAUGCGGCGGGAUAAACAGUUGCUCCAGACCCGCUACGAGGAGGCUGAGAAGGACAAUGAAUUAUUGAUCUCUCGGAACCAGUCGCUCCAAGAUCGAAACAGCAAUUACGAGCAGUCCCACGAAGCCAAUCUCCGACAGCUGGCAAGAAGGGAACGACAGGUCGAAGAGCUUCGAGAAGAACUCAGGAAGGAGAAACUCAAGACGGCGAAGGCUGAAGCCCAAGCAGAGGCUGCAGCGUCCAGCGAAGAGAUAUGGCGAAGCCAGGCAAGCCAGGCCAAGGCUUCUGCAGCACAGAAAGAAGCAGAAUACGAAACGAUUGUCGCAUGUCGUAAGAUGGACUAUGAUCGGCAUCAAAGUGGUUUGGAUAAAAUCAGGAGCAGCUUCGAUACCCUUCUACGCCGACAGGAAGAUGAUUUGGAGAAACAGAAAAAGUUGGAAAUCAUCGCCGAGCAGCAGCGGCAGACAAUCGCCCAGCUCGAGGAGCUUACCAAGAAGCUGACCGCGAAUUUCAGAGCUUACAGGCACGAGAUCGAUACUGCCAUCUCUCAGCUCCGAGAGGCAACUCAUCAUAAUGAUCAGGCUAUUGAUCAUAAGUUGGAUGAGAUGAGCGAAGUCACGAACCGCAUGCGAUGGGUUAUGAACAUUGACCAUGUCGUCAAUCAUGACGGUGCUCCAGGCCAUCCGAUGGUCCAGAGUGGAAAUCCUGCUGCCGGCCGUGCUCCAGACCCAGAUGGGUGGCACACGGAGCCUAAGAGACGGAGUCUGAGUCCGAAGAAGGGUCUUUUGACAAAGCAGAGGCGGAUGGACUCAGCUAAAGUCUUGAAAUGA